AUGUCCAUACAUAACAAUAUAUUUGUCGAUAUUCUUCCAGGCCCUCCAAACUCGUCUACCUCUCCAAUUACUCCAACGGAUGGUCAUUUUGAUGUUCACUCGAACAAUCUUGCUUUUAAGAAUAUUCAUUCAAACAACCUUUCCAACAUGGAGGCUACUUACCCCACUUCGAAUAAUCAGUCCGUUGGUUCUGUCUAUAAUCCACAAAUUGCAGAUAUUGGGAUACCGCUCAAUUAUCCGUACCUAAUGAAUAAUAACUACGGUUUAUAUCAAGUGCCAAAUCAAAGUUUGGAGAGAAAUGAUUUAGUGCAACCAAUUUUCGUACCGCAACAAUCUUCGUUGCCCGAAGGAGAUUGUUCGCUGAUGUCAAGAUCUGCAGCAGAAAACACGCAAACAAUGCUUGAUUGUUCGAGUAAUUGGCAGAUGGAAACGAAGGACGAUGUCUAUCAACUUCGUUUCAUACCCGAUGAUGUAAACAGAAUGUCUCAGGCAUUCGAUCACAUGCCACCUUUGGUCGGAUAUCAAGUAAAAUUUGAAGAUCUCGGUACUACAAAUGUUUCAAUGCCUCUUAAACAGGUGAACGAUUACGCAGAACGUGUUGACCAGGAUUUCCGUCAGGCGCCGACACCAUCAUCCGCUGCCUCCCCCGGUCCAGCAUCUCCAAAUCCAGUUAGUCAAAAGCCACCCGUAUAUACCAAAUGGACUGAAGAGGAGGACGAAUUGCUUAGAGCAGCAAUUACUAUGUAUGGACCGCAUAAAUGGUCCCUAAUUGCAGCUCACGUCCCCAAUCGCACACCAAUGCAAUGUUCGACCAGAUGGUUGGGCGCAUUAAAUCCGACAAUUCACAAAGGCAGAUGGACGCCAGAAGAAGACGCCGCACUUAAAGAAGCAGUGGCCGAAUACAUACAUGCUCUAGAUGCUGAUGGAAAUCCGCAGCCGAUUCCGUGGAACAAAAUCGCGACUCGAAUCCCUCAUCGGACUGGUAUUCAAUGUCAAGCAAGGUGGUCGGAAGCACUUGAUCCCCGAGUUAGGAAGGGUAAAUGGUCGUCAGACGAAGAUGACAUCCUUAAAGAGGGCGUCAAGAGGUUCGGUAGAUGUUGGAUAAGAAUUGCAGAAAUGAUUAACGGAAGGACACAGCGUCAAUGUCGAACACGCUGGGUUCAGAUACAAAAUAAACAAGCGAAACAAGAUCGUGAUGCACGUACUGGAACCCAAGCUACUUCGAUAUCAUCUUCACCUAAGUCAGAAACUUCGCUUCCUCCACUUAGUCCGCCGAAGAAAACGCCACCAAUACCUUCUACGAUAUCCUCCGCUUCACCAACGACUUCCAAACUACUUCAUUCGAAUUUGGUAGACCGAUCACAGAUCCAAAUCGGAAACGGAUUAACACCGACAAUGGAAAUGUCAUUAAACUCUAUGCUUAAAGUUCAAUCAGUAGGGGCCGGCAGUCCACAAAUGGUUAAAAACGGAUUGAAUUCUAGGACAGACGACCCUCGCGUAAACACUAUACAAAAUGGUGAUCAACUGUCUAUGUUCGUUGAUUCAUACCCGUAUUAG